AUGACUGGCUUUUUCAUUUGCAUAUUCAGAUUUACAAAUCUUAAAAAUCAUGCUCGUCGACAUUCCGUGAUCAAAAAGUACUCUUGUGCCCAUUGCGCUUUUCAACAUAAUGAACAUGCUAGGAUACGAGCUCAUAUGAUCGCUUUACAUCAAGAUAGCGAAGGUGGAGUCAUUGAUAAUGGUACACCUGCUAAUAUCAAACUUUGGGAUUAUCUGGUGCAAAAAUGUUUUGCGCAUUAUCUCGCCAGUGAAGAGGCAAAGAAGAGAAAUGCGGCUCCUGACGACAAUACGAGUUCUGUAGAUGGAGAAGACUAUAAAUGUAGGGAAUGUAGUGAUGUAUUCGUCGGUCCGGAAUCACCGGAGGAUGACGGAAUAGUGUUGGUAGCUCAUACUGCUAGAAAACCACCUGAAGACAGUUCACAAUACGGAGUGUUUGGAAUGCUGCAUUUGUCUGGUCUGUGGUGGACUGUAAACAAACAUCUGUCAACGGAGCAUGCAGAUGUUCCAGCAGGGAAGAACCUUGCCGUUGUACCAAAACCGAACUAUCAUGACUUAAUCAUUGCAUAUUUUCCAGCAGCUGCAGCAUUUACUACUUUACGGCUAAACCCACCGAAAGGCGAUAUUCGAUUGUCUAACGGUCAGAUAUACACAAAAGAAGAAGGUUCAAUCCAGAAUAGUGAUAUGGAGGUAUCUGACUUCGAUCACGAUGACAACUCCGCUCAACUGUCGUGUCGGCUCUGCAAUCGAUUUCUUGACUUUGAUGAUUUGCCAAAUCUCGUUACGCAUGCUAAAGCGCAUUACAUCAUCAAACAAUUUGAAUGUAGUCGAUGUGGAUACGGGAGUAACAGUCGAUCUUCCAUAAGUCAACAUCUGUAUCUCAAGCACCGAACUGGAUCUGUAGAGGUGCUAGAGCAUGAUGAUGAAAUAAUAAGAAAAGCAUGGACACAAGUGCUACGGAUAUGCUUCCCAAACUUGGCAGCGAGGUUGAAGAAGAAACGGAUCCAAGAAGCUAAACAGCAACAGCCUUCGGUUGCCGCGAAAAGAACUCGGGCCAAUUAA